CGAAACCCGAAUAACAGCCGCCUGCGGCCCUAGUCUCUAGCUCUAAUCCGUUCCUCUCGCCGACGCUCGACGCUCGACGCUCGACGCCUCCACCACCGUCGUAUAUAGGUUGCUUCCCUUCAGCGCUUCUUUCCUUCUCCUUCUUUUUAGCAAAUGGUGUCAAUCGUCGUGGGAGAAGAUUUUCAUCACAUAAUUCGUACAUUUUGCUCGGAUCUAAGAAACUUCCUUCUUAUCCGGGCAUUAGGAUGUUUUUUCUGCCAAGAAUCUCACCCCAUUCACCCCUCGAGGACAAAUGAGCGGCGGCCACCUUCUGUGGUUGAUAGCGUUGUACUUAGUGUCGAAGAGCCAUUCCGAAUCAAUCCGGAAGAGUGGUUCUUGAAGCGGGACAAGCAUCAAAAGUAUGAGGAUGAUGGAGAUCCAAAUUUUGUUUUCGAUGUAUUGGAUUCGGUCAUUGUUGGGACUAUGGAGCGGCUGAGGAAAAUGAGGGAAAGUAUAUUUUUUGUUGGUAGAUGUAAUUUAUAUGGAGGAGUGGGAAUUAAUUUGAAUUUCAAUCAUAACUUCAAACCUGCCUCUGAGAGUGAUUGUCUAGCGAUCAGGAAUUUCUGCAUCAAAGGCAAGGUAGAAGAUGCUCUACAACUACAUAGCAAGUUACUACAGAGUCAUGCUAUGCCAGAUUUGUAUACAUGUAAUAUCCUUAUGAAUGCUCUUUGUAAGAUUGGUGACUUAUGGACUGCAGCUUGGCUUCUAGAUGUGAUGCCGAAAGCUGGAGUUUCCCCUACUAAUGUAACAUACAACAUGCUUAUUGAUGGAUAUUGUCAUUCAGAAAAUAUAGACAAAGCUCUCCAUUUGUUUUCAUCAAUGUAUCAAUAUGGAGUGAAAGCCAGUGUGGUUACUUGCAAUAUACUUGUCCAUGCCUUGUGCAAAGAGGGACUUCUAGAGAGAGCGAAGAAGCUCUUGGACGAGAUAUUAGAUCAAAAUAUAGCUGCUAAUUUAAUAACCAAAACAAUUUUUAUUGAUGGAAGUUGUCGGAGAGGAGAUUUGAAACACGCGCUGGAGCUCUGGAGUGAUAUAUUUAAGGAAGGAUUAAGUGUUGAUCGUGUUGCAUAUAAUGUGCUCAUUAAUGGAUUUUCAUUGGUCCAAAAUAUACAUCUUGCAUAUAGAUACAUAUGUGAAAUGUGCAAAAGGGGGUUUCUUCCUGAUAUUGUGACAUUCAAUACUCUUAUAACCGGUCAUUUUAAGGAAGGCGAUAUUGAUGAAGCAUGUGAAAUGCACAGGAGAAUGGUGCUUUUUGGUGUUUUGCCAGAUCAUAUCUCAUAUAGGUUGCUCAUUCGAGGUCUUUAUUUGCAUGAUGCACAAUGCAGAGCUUUUGUGUAUCUCCAAAAUAUGUUAAGUGAUGAGAUGGUUCCAGAACCUCUAAUUUGGAAUUUGGUCCUGAAUGGAUAUGCAAGACAUGGUGAUAUUCGCCGAGCUAAUUUGUUGAGAAAACUGAUGGCAUCAUGGGGUGUGCUUCCCAAUACAUACACUUAUAAUGCAUUAAUCCUUGCUGAGUUGAAAGGAGGGAAAAUAGCUCAAGCUAUAUCUUUGAAGGAAGAGAUGAUUUCUAGAGGACUGUAUCCUGAUUUAGUUACAUUUAACCUGUUAAUUCGAGCUGCAUGUAACAUUGGUUGUACUACUCAUGCUAGGAAUUUACUUCAUGAGAUGCUAAACCGAGGCUAUGAACCUGAUAUUAUCACGCACACUGAGUUAAUUAGAGGCCACUGUUUAAAUGGAGACAUGAAGAAAGCUGAAGAUAUACUUAUCAAGUUAGAAAGGUCAUUCUGUUCAUCCUUUGACCAUGUACCAUUUCAAAUAAUUAUUAAACAAUAUUGUAAAAGGGGGAAUAUUGUAGAGGCAUACAAGGUUUUUGAGAAAAUGUUAAGGAAAGGUCUUGUUGGAAGUCAUUCCAUGUACUAUUCGUUAUUGAUAGAGCUAAGGAAGGGAGGGUACCAUCUUGAAGCUAGUCAAGUCUAUGAAAAAAUGAGUGGUUUGGUGCUUCAAGGAUUUGAAGGCAUGGACUAAUAGAGUAGCAUGCCAUUAUGUGAUAUGAAGUCAUAAGUUCUUGGUCAUUAAGCAACAUAGUUUGGUAUGAAAAUUUGAAGGAUUAUUCCUUUUAAUUUAUAAUAGAAGUGCUUGUUGCCAAGUAUUCACAACUCACAAGGAUCAGCGAUCACUUGAGAUUCUUCAUACUCUUCAACCAAACUUUUUAUCUAGUCCAUUGUACAAAUAAAACAUAUAGCUCAAAAACGGGUGGCUAGAAGGUUCAGUGAUCUCAACUAUUCAUAUUGAGAGCUAAUUUCUGCAAAGCUGCAAUACCAUAUCCAUAGUCAUCAUUGCACAUUAUUAUUAUUUGCUUAUGAGCAAAGCUGAUUUCUUGAGCCUCAGGGUCAAAUUAAUGGUGAUGAAAGAAGAUUAUGAUUGACUCAGAAGUUUCAGCUUUUGUUUCCAAGUGUGCAUUAUUGCUGCUUUAGUUUUGUGAUAUUGGGAGAUCUCUUUAAGUGCGCUGCAACAUCUAUGUUUUCAGAACUAAUCUGCUCGUCAGUCAUUUCGAAUUACUGGAAAUAUUUGUUGUACGUUACUGCAUGUAGUGCUGCCUAUAGGAACUCCAGCAGUUGUCAAACAGUGCUGCUAUCAUCUCCAACAGUUCUAAUCAUUGCUAGAUACAUCUGUCAGCCUACUGUGGCGGUAUCAAACCUGCUUUGGUCGCAGCAAACCUGCUGCUGCCAUGACUAUAUAGGAGGGAAAAAACAACUGCUGUUUUGCUGUUUUAUUGAAAACAGGAGCUCGUACAACAGCUGGUUGCUUUCCAGGUUCCACACCUGCAGGAUAGAAGACGAAGCAUUGUUUGCUGUUACAGUAGGUGAGAAGGGGAAAACAGCAAGCUGCACUUCUGUCCAGCAUAUAAUAACUCCAAAAAAAUUAAGAAUUGUUGCAAUCCUGGCAAUCUAGAUGAGAAUGCUUUUUGCCUGAGAAUGAUCCUGGCUAGCUUGAUGGGGAUUCAGCUAUGGUAACUACUGUCCAGUAGAGGAGAAGUCUGAAAUUGAGUUGAUGUUCCAAGUACUGCAACAAGAAGAUGAAAUCAGAGAGGUUGGUUACGAAAGUUCUUAAAACCUUUCCAAAACUAUUUUAACUUCUUAUCGUGGACCUGCAUCAUAACAUGAAGAGGUUGGUUACGAAUCUUUUGAAGCAGAAGUUAAAGGGAUUUCACUUGUCUUUGCUUGUAGUGGAUAUUUCAUUUAGAAUGUUGAAGGCAACAUUCAUGGUUAUGGACAUGUGGCCACAGGUUUCAGUCACACAAGCCAUCGAUUUCCUUGCCGCUUCAUCAUUGAUCGUCGAGGGCCGUUGACUUGGGAAGCCAAACAAAUAUGAUCUCAGAGGCUUUGUUUGAGAAGCUUGGACUAAAGACCAAUCCUAAACUCUACUUCACGCUUUGUAUCAGUGAAGGAGGCGAUUGGACAGUUACACCAACCAGGUUUGCUAAUACUAAAGAUUUUAUAAAUGAAGUUACUUACUGAAGUAAUUCUUGUAGCAUGCAUGUCUUAUUAUUCUAAGGCACUCUUGUGUACAAGAAUGCCAAAACCUAUAAUAGAUUAUAGGAAAAUAGUCUCGUGAAAGUUGGUGGAGAAUUUAUGCUUAGAAAACUCAAAACCUUCGUUCUGUGAAAUCUGUACUAGCAACGAAUUCUAGUUUUGCACUACGCACUAGAUAAAAUAGUGAAGUAUUCUAAGUUUAUUGAUGUA